CCUCCGGCCGCCCCUUCGCUCUCGCGAGACUCAGCGCGCGCACCCCGGAAGCGGCGGCAGCGUCACCCGGAAGCGGCGGCGGAACCCGGAAGCGGCGACGGGCAGGAUGGACGACACGCUCUUCCAGCUGAAGUUCACAGCCAAGCAGCUGGAGAGGCUCUCCAAGAAAGCAGAGAAGGACUCCAAGGCCGAGCAGGCCAAAGUCAAGAAGGCGCUGCAGCAGAAGAACGUGGAGUGUGCGCGGGUGUACGCCGAGAACGCCAUCCGCAAGAGGAACGAGGGGCUGCACUGGCUGCGCAUGGCCUCGCGCCUGGACGCCGUGGCCGCCAAGGUGCAGACGGCCGUCACCAUGAAGGGGGUGACGAAAAACAUGGCUCAGGUGACCAAGGCUCUGGACAAGGCCCUGAGCUCCAUGGACCUGCAGAAGGUGUCGGCAGUGAUGGAUAAAUUCGAGCAGCAAGUGCAGAAUUUGGAUGUUCACACGUCGGUCAUGGAGGACUCCAUGAGCUCGGCCACCACGCUGAGCACGCCGCAGGAGCAGGUGGACAGCCUGAUCGUCCAGAUCGCCGAGGAGAACGGGCUGGAGAUCAUGGACCAGCUGAGCCAGCUGCCCGAGGGCGCCGCGGCCGUGGGGGAGAGCUCCGUGCGCUCCCAGGAGGACCAGCUCUCCCGGAGGCUGGCUGCCCUGCGGAACUGAGCUCUCCCUGGGCCUGUGGAUGGCACUGCUGGAGCAGGAUCCCCUCCUGCAGCACCCCCUGCCUCGGGACUCUUCUCGGGGGGUGACAGCCCUUCCCUGAGCCUGUGGCCAUCCCGGUGGGAAUCCUGUGCUGGAUCGUGGGGGGGGCUUCGUUUGGGGGUGCUGCUGGUGGCAGAGCCCCACGUGCUGACUAAGGGGAACACUAAGGGGAUUUCCCUGCUCUCGGGAUGCUGCUCCCCAACUCCUCUGUUGUUCCCUGUCCCUGCCCAGAGCUGAGCUGUGGGCUGAGUUCCUCAGGAGCUGGCUGGGAGGAGCAGGAGAGCCCACGGGGGUCCCCAUCUCCGGGAAGGGCCCCGUGCCCGGCUGUGGAGCUGGGGAGGUCGGUGCCUUGCAGGAAGGGGCGGUGACAGCGGGGUGUCCCCUCCCUCGCUGUCACUGUCCCCGUGCCCUUUGCUGCUCCAUGUCCUGCCGACACCCCCAGCCCCAUACCACGAAGUGCCCUUUGGAACACCCUCCCCUGCCAGCCCCAUGCGUGUCAAUCCACAGAUUCCCCAGGCACUGCCAGCUGGAAGUGGUUAUCCCGGCCCUGACUGCCAGUGAGGACCAGUGAGGACCCUUGUCCAGCACUGGGAGCAGAUUGCAGCACUGUGGUGGCUGCAGACACGUCCCCAAAUGUCCCCCUGCUGGAUGGGUGUGACAGGGAGUGCAGAAUCAUCCCGGGAGCAGCUCUGCCUCGAUCCCUGUGCCUCGUCCCUGGAUGUCCUCUGUCCCUUUGCUGCUGGCACCAGGCCGGGGGCCGGGGCUGCUCUCCGUGUCCCCUCCCACUGCUCGACCCUGUCCCUUGUCACCUUCCCCCGGGCUGGAGCUGUUUGUGCCCCUCCCCGUGGCACUGCGGAGCUGCUGGAUUGCUGGAAGCCCUCCAGGAAGGAAGCGCUGUUUCCUUUGGGUCUCCCAGGAGGAACUGUCACCUCUGGGGGAUGGCAUGGGGCCACCUCCCGGCACAAACACUUCCAGCUGCGUUGAUUGUUUUUCCUGAGUUCAGUGGCCUUGGAGCGUGUGGCUGCUGACACAGAGCCUGCCUCGCCACCGAGGAGGAGGAGGAGGAGGCAGCUUUGGGCUACAGCAGAGCACUGGAUCUUGUCCCACCUCCCACUGGGCUGGGUGGGAAGCUGGGGGACCCUGGAGAUUUGUGCCUGGCUCCUGGCUCCCUGCACGGUGUCCCCGCAGCACUGGGGGCUCCAGACCUGCCCCCUGUCCCUCUCCCUAGCUGUCUCUCCGUCCCU